GAAGGGUUCUUGUGGUUGUUAGAAAGGGGUGGGGCCAAAGAAAAAUAAAGAAGUUUAUUAUUCAGGAAAUAAGACUGCACGGAUUCAGUCAUUUUGGUGGAUAUUGUUCAGUGAAGUUACACAGUGUAAGGCAGUAAAAGGUAACAAUGAACUAUAUGAAUCAGUCUGCAACAUCAUCUGGAGGUCAGAGCUCAAAGAACCAUGACGAUGGUGUGGGUCCUGUCAAAUCAGGAAAGACACUCCUAAGACUGAUUGGUGUGAGCUUCGGACUCCUGUGUAUUCUCCAAGCUGCCUUAAAUGUUUCUCUGCGUCUUGUUCAUAGUCACACUAAUGGGAAGACGUCACCUGUUGAAGGAAGUUGCAAAAACCUGACUGAAGAUAUUGAUAACCUGAAGACUGCACUGCUGCACAUUAAUCAUCAAGAAUGGGUUUAUUUCCAAUGUAGUUAUUACUACAUUUCCAACAUAAAGAAAUCCUGGCAGGACAGUAGAGAUGACUGUCUGAAGAGAGGUGCAGAUCUGGUGAUUAUCAACAGUAAAGGGGAACAUGACUUCACAAGAAAAUUAUUUGGUUCUCGAUGGAUUGGACUAAGUGACACAGAUGGAAAUAGGACAUGGAUGUGGGUGGAUGGCACUCCACUGUCACAAAGUUACUGGGGCUCAGGGGAACCCAAUAAUUCACCGGGGAAGGCUGAAGAAUGUGUGGAAAUAACGUUUGACCAUGAAGAAAAGAGCUGGAAUGACCUACCAUGUAGCUCUAAAACCUUUUGGAUCUGUGAAAAGAUAGUAGCUCUCUGAGUCCUGUCAGAACUCCCUGCUUCACAAAGAUAAAUGAACACACUAAAUUCCAUUUAAUAUUCAUUAUAUACUCAGUUAAUUGUAUAAAUUUCUUUAUUUAAAAUUUUCAUCCUUAUUUAAAUUACUUUUUUUUUUACUUUUUAGACUAAUACCCCGUCCCCUGACCCUGCUCCUCAAUGACUUAUCCUGCUGUUGAAGGAGUACUUUAAAAUAAUGUGCAGUACACAUUCAGCUGAUAUAUUGGUUUGGUCAGAGUGUGUAGUUUUGUUUAUAAAACCUGAGCCUAUUCUGGAGUUUACAUCUCUGUUGACUUUAAGUCUAUAUGUAACAUUUUGUAAAACUUUGGUCAAAAUCCUGUUUUAUAAAAUCCUAUAAACAAC